AUGCGGGUGGCAAGAUUUGCUCCACUAACACUGCUAUUUCUCACGCCGAUUGUUGACGCCCGCCGAGGAGGUGGUGGUAGUGAUGGAGGCGGCGGAGGGGAUGGUGGGGAUACUUCUGGCGGUGGCGGUGGUGGCAGUAGCGACACCACCAAAUGCCUCGAUAGUCGGGCGAACCAGCAAAAAGAAAUUUAUGACGGCCCGACAUUCUCUGGGUAUUAUGACGGCAAACUCACUUUUAAGUACCGUCUCACGGAAAGUUCGUCUGAGACGACGCAACCCUCCAACUGCAUCAGCGCAGACAACCGGUAUCAUACGUUUACCUAUGAUGCGGUUAUGAAUAUUGGAGCAACCACUGCAAACGGGAUUCUCGAUUUUCUCUUCUGGGAACUUCGGGCCUUUGCACCUUGGGAUCGAGGAUACUCUGGAAAUAUUGCACCACUUCGAGAAGUUUUCCGCCUUGCAAGCUUGGGGUAUCCUGAUCUUCAGAUCACAUAUCCUAACGGCACGGUCAAAAGUCAUGCGACAAGCCGAAAGAUAUCUUGGAUAACUGACAUCACCCCAGUUCGAAACUCGACGGGGAAUAUCACAAGUGUGAACUUCAGUACGGACUUCGUAUACACGCCCCUAAGCGACUAUGGAGCGUCUGCGACCAAUAAUUGGGUCCCACUAGAGGAUGUCUGCACGAUUGGCUAUCAAUUCGAGAACUCUCAAUACGAUAGCGCGGUAUUCUACCCCAGAGGCCGGAAUGAGACAGCUAGUGGUGCACUCUUGACUGUCUGGCUCCAACCGAAUGUGUCGGAUAUGAGUGCAAAUGUCACCGGAGUGGGAACGGAUACCGUCAACUUCAGCUUAUCGAAUGGGAGGUUCCAAAAUUUAGUUGGCGGUGCACAACCAGAGUGGCCCUGCUAUUCGAGCGGCGGUAUUAUCUUCAACGACCCACCCGCUGGCUGGGAGCCGUUUAUAAAGGGGAGGUCGAGCUUUACGAGGGACUCAUACUGGAACGCCAGCGGCGACUUCGAGGUCACUUUUCGAGGGGUACUCAAUGUCAGUGCCAGCAAGCCAAUCACAGGAUAUAACGAAUCUGCGGAUGCUCUCCCUCAGUGGAAAAUGUCUGGGAGCUCACAGACUCUUCAACCGGUGCUCACUGGGGCUGGACUCUUCUUCCUUGCACUUGUCUCUACCAUGACCUUCUCGAUAUAA